AUGGGCUCUGCACAAAGCGGUCUUUCCUCCCAACUCGCCAUUACGCUGGUCGUCGUCGUCGGCGCUCUCGGACUGGGGUACACGCUUCGCUCGGCCGCUCCGACGCAGCCUGCAGCGUCUUUGACCGGUGGUAGCCAGAAAGCCCAGGGGUCGAAGAAGAAAAAGAAGAAGGGGACUUCUGCUGCUGCUGCUGUUUCCCAAGAAACCACUGGCGUUUCUACACCCGCGAGCCCCAAUGCUCAUGUCGUUCCGUUCCCAGAGGUCAUUCCCGGUCAAUUUGACAGCGCGCCACCAGUUUCGGAUACUCCACAGGCCCAGUCUUCGUCGGUCUCGAAAUCCAAGAAGGGGAAGAAGAAGAAAGCCAAGGGUCAGGCGCAAGACGAGUCUGCUACUCCUGUUGCACAGAGUUCUGACGAGCGACGCGCCGAUACCGCUACCGCCACCACCACCACCUCUUCUUCCAAGUCCAAAGCCCAGAAAUCUCCCAAAUCCAAGCCGGGGCAAAAGUCAUCAUCGACAUAUCUAGAUCUGGCGGGUGGAUCUUUGCACCAGUCUUCCGCCUCGGUGGACACAGACGGAUCGUGGACUCGCGUGGAACGUCGCAACAAGGCUGGUUCUGCCCACCAGCACUCCGAAGCUACCACGAGUGAUGCGGGGAUAACCACCUCUCAAACCGGGAAUUCUUCGCCUGUGGCAGAGCGCACCGAACUCGAGGAAGACGAGACGCCCUCCCCAAAUCCCCGAGACUCUGGCGAAAAUCGUCGACGAACGCUCGCAGAGAAACUUUUGCCGAAAGCGAGGAAGACCGGAGUCGAGGAUCUCCUCGACACGCCUGACGUUCCGACGUUGUCGCGGGUCAUGCGGAUUACGCCAGGUCCAGACGAAAAACCUGCGUCGGGUUUCUCGUGGGGUGACUACGAAGACGUGCGCGUGACUGAUGGUGGAGAGAAUGACGCGGACGGGGAAGAUGAUGGAUGGGGCGUUGUCAAGAGCAAGAAGUCAAGAUCAACGCGACAAGCUUCCAGCUCCUCUCCUCCACCCCAAGCCUCCCAAUCGACGACACCGCAACCACCGACGAAGAAACAGCGCCAGAACGCAGCGAAGCGCGAGGCUCAGAAGGCUACCAAAGCUGCAGCAGAGGAAGAAAGAUUAGCAGCGCAGGCGCGUCAUAAGCGGGAAUUAGAGCGGUUGCGUAUGGCUGAGCAGGCGAAGAAGUCGUCGUCUGGAAAAACGGUUAGUGGUGGGAUGAAGGCGACUGUGGAUGAGCGUGGCAAGUUGGUUUGGGAAUAA